CUCCGAAAUUCGAUCUUCCAUGAUUGACCGGUAAGUUAUCGAUAAGCUCCCUCCAUCCUCAGCCUUCACUCUUAGCCCCAACACCUGUAACCCUAAUUCACACAGAUGUCGAUGGAGAGGACCUUCGAGCCGUGGGAGGAGAUGCAGCGCCAUGGCCAAGACCUUGCAGAUCGGCUCGCCCAAGGUUUCUCUGGCCUCAUCCAGUCACCGAUGAGCCACGCCUCCUUCACAUGGCCUUCUCCUCCUUCGAAGAAUGCCAACCCUUUCGAUGCCGAAGCGAUUCUUGACAUUGGAAUUCGCCUCAGUCGUGUUGGCGCGGAGCUUGGUGCUGGUCUCAAUGGCGUUAUGCACCAGUUCUUCCGGUGGUUGCCGGUACCUUUCCGGCCGGACGACGGCGGCUCGGCUGGAAAUGAUCUGGCAUCUAGUUCAAUGAAGGAAGCUGUGUUGGUGAGGCGCGGGGACGGCGAGGGUAUUGCGUUGGUGGCGGAGCAGCUUGGUGAUUGCAGGUUGCCGGAUACUUUGCCAGCAGGAGGGUUGCAGCUGUGGCCCGAUGAAGAGGGAUUUGAUUUGAGGAGUUCGGGGCAUUUUGGGAGAUCGCAGGGAAGUAUUAGUAUUACAUCAACUUAUGAUAGCAGGACAAAUGAUGUUGAAAGUUCUUUCGUUGCAAGGGGUGAUCUGUGGAGAGCAGAGGCAUCACAUGGUGGUUCUACUUCAGGGAGCGAGAACUCUCCACUUUUCCUGGUUCAAUUGGGUCCAGUGUUAUUUGUACGGCAUACAACACUUCUAUUGCCAGUGCACUUAUCAAAGCAGCACUUACUUUGGUAUGGAUAUGAUCGGAAGCAGAAUGGACUGCACUCUUUAUGCCCAGCAUUGUGGUCAAAACAUAGAAGAUGGCUCUUUAUGUCAAUGCUCUGUCUCAAUCCACUUGCAUGUUUCAAGUUUAUUUAUUUUUUUAUUAUUCUUCUUCUGCAGAGCAAAUGUGGUACACGGAUAACUCCAAUGGUGCAGUGGCCUGAUAAGUCCUUUUCACUUGGACUAAUGCAGACACUUGCUUGGAAGAGAUCAGGUCUCAUGCUGCGGCCGAGCAUCCAGCUCAGCAUAUGCCCGACUGUUGGCGGAAACAAUCCUGGGCUGCGUGCAGAGCUGGUCCACUCUCUGAAGGAAAAACUCAGUUUUAUCUGCGGAUUGUCUUGUGCUGCUCACUCUUCGGCAUUUGCUUCUCUUGCUGUCGGGAGAUCAAAAUGGAAUGGCAAUGCAGGGAGCUCCGGAAUCGUUGUGAGAUUGGAAACUCCUCUCAAUGGAGUUGCCAUGCCAUCCUUCUCUAUUCAGCUCAACAGUGGUUUAGAGUUUUGAUUUACAUUUUCUCUGUACAGUUUAAAUUGUGCAUAUAUAUAUAUAUAAAAUCACUCAUGUUCAAUAUUAUUUUCCUAGGAGGCAAUGAAACCAUUCCUUAAGAUUGGAUGGUAAAAUUAUGGGCGGAUGAUGAAGUUGAUUGUGGGGGAAAUGAGAAUGUAAGGUGAAUAUGAUAAAAUAAAAAAAAAUAAUGGGUUGAGGAAUUGGUUGCAGGAGGGGUAAAUGGAGUAAAUAUUUUUUUUAAGUAUAACAAUAGAAAAGAGGCUUAC